GUGUUGUGUGUUUUGCUCAGUGUUUGGCAAAACGUGAAUGGGGAAGGACGUUUCCUUCGCACAGUCGAAAUUGACAUCUAGAUUGGUGUUGAUGGUGCACUAUUUCUCGCAUCGAAAAUGUGAAUUUGCAGUGGUGAAACAGUGAUGAAAUUAGCAAAAGUGAUUGUGUAGUGUCAUCAUCUUCCGUACUGCACUAAGAAUUAGAUACAAUUUAAGGAUCAUAUUACCCCUGUGUGAGAUGAGAAAAGCUAUCUCUCUGUGUCAUCGCGCAUAAACCACAAGUUUGGUAGUUGGUUUUAUUAUAUAGAGAGGGGAAUGAGAUGAAUUCUCAAUUGGUUGACAUACUAAACUCCGAAAAUUUCUUCAACAUCCCCUAAUUGCAAUUGACGACGUUAUAGUUUGCUCUUGGUGCUGAAUAUCAAAUAUUGCAUCAAUGAAAUUUCGGUGAAUGAAGGGGUAUAUGUUGCUUAUCUCAUUUCAUCAUUCAAAUUAGUGAAAAUAUUUACACAUAUGAAUAUAUAUCAGUGAACGGUAAAUAAGUGAGUGAUGCAGUAAAAAUAGAUUGUUUAGGUGGAAAAUUAUCAUUUGAUAUAUGAAUGUGUGUUAGUGUUAACAGGCGAACUAGUUUUGCGAAGCAAAAGGUGCAAUUUCAUUCACCUGCAUUAAAAUAGAUAGCAGCUGGUAGUUUUGAUUAUUGUUUUCCUGCACUAGUGUAUACAACUUCACUAUCAGUUUACCUCGCACUAAAUUUAUUCAACAAAAGGUGAAUUUCAACACGUGAAAUUUUCAGAGUACACGAGCAGUACUUCCACCUGAUUCACUCACAAAUUAAAUCCACAUCAACGAGAUUUCUGCGGGGGAUGUUUUAAGCGAUUUUUACUGCACCAGAAAUUGUGUGACUAAGUUGAGUAAGAAAAGAAAAGUGACAUUGCAUUGUGGGGUAGAAGACGGAAGUUUUGAGAAAAAUGACUAGCGACGUAGUUCGAUGGACAGGCAUCAAUGGCAGCAAAUGGCUGAGGUUGUGUUGUUGUGCGAAUGUAUCUAAAUCAAUUUUAUACGAAAUAUUUGUGCUAUUAUUAGUCAUUAAUUUCAAUGUAUCGUUGGUGAAAUGUGCCAGCACGGGUAGUGGUUUAGGUAGUGACAAUGAAUGGGACAUUGAUCUGCGAGAUGAAAUGACCAAUGGUCAUUUUACACCAACAUGGGCAGUUCAUAUUCCUGGGGGAGAAAAUGUGGCCAAUCUUGUGGCAGCUGAGCAUGGAUUCAUCAACAUGGGAAAAAUAUUUAAUGACCACUAUCACUUUCACCACAACACGAUACAAAAACGGUCAAUAAGUCCGUCGUAUCAUCAUCAGGGUCGUCUCGACGGUGACCACAGGGUCCGAUGGGCUGUGCAGCAACGAGCGAAAUCACGACAAAAACGGGAUCUAAUUAGGAUACGACCGAGCAGGACUUUUAGUGUUCAACUUAAUGAUCCAAAGUGGCCUCAUAUGUGGUAUUUGAAUCGAGGUAAUGGACUGGAUAUGAAUGUGAUACCAGCUUGGAAGGAAGGUAUUACGGGAAAAGGAGUUGUUGUCACAAUUCUCGAUGAUGGACUGGAAUCGGAUCAUCCUGAUUUAGAGCAUAAUUACGAUCCCCAGGCAUCAUAUGAUGUCAACAGUCACGAUGAUGAUCCUAUGCCUCACUAUGAUAUCUCUGAUUCAAAUAGGCAUGGUACAAGGUGUGCCGGUGAAGUGGCUGCCACGGCAAAUAAUUCACUCUGUGCGGUUGGUAUUGCCUUUGGGGCAAGUGUUGGUGGUGUCCGGAUGCUGGAUGGUGAUGUGACAGAUGCGGUGGAGGCUCGGUCGCUGAGCCUCAAUCCGCAACACAUUGACAUCUACAGUGCCUCUUGGGGGCCGGAUGAUGAUGGGAAGACUGUAGAUGGGCCGGGUGAAUUGGCCACGAGGGCCUUCAUCGAGGGUGUCAAGUAUGGUCGCGGUGGUAAGGGUAGUAUAUUCAUUUGGGCAUCGGGUAAUGGUGGUCGUGAACACGAUAAUUGCAACUGCGAUGGAUACACCAAUAGUAUCUGGACACUGUCCAUCUCCAGUGCUACUGAGGAGGGUGCUGUACCAUGGUAUUCAGAGAUGUGCAGCUCAACACUUGCAACAACGUACAGCAGCGGUGGGCAGGGUGAGAAGCAAAUUGUCACGACAGACUUACAUCACAGUUGUACGACUUCGCACACGGGCACAUCAGCAUCAGCACCACUAGCCGCGGGAAUUGUGGCUCUGGUUCUGGAAGCAAAUAGAAAUCUAACGUGGAGAGAUUUACAGCAUAUAGUGGUGAGAACGGCAAAACCUGGCAAUCUCAAUGAUCCAACAUGGGGGCGGAAUGGUGUUGGCAGACGAGUGAGUCACUCCUUUGGCUAUGGCCUAAUGGAUGCUGCUGGAAUGGUGAAGGUGGCGCGUACUUGGAAGACGGUACCAGAACAACAAUUGUGCGAAAUCAAUGCUCCACCACUCGACAGAGUUAUUCCACCCAAGGGCCAAAUAACACUCACCCUCACGGUGGAGCAUUGUAUGGGUGUUAACUAUUUGGAACACGUCCAAGCUAAGAUAACAUUAACAUCCCAGCGGCGGGGAGACAUACAAAUCUACUUGACAUCUCCGGCUGGAACCAGAGUUACCCUUCUAACGUCGAGAGUUCACGAUGUCUCUCGGGCAGGAUUUACAUUAUGGCCAUUUAUGUCAGUUCAUACAUGGGGUGAGGCUCCACAUGGAAAUUGGCAGCUCGAAAUACGAAAUGAAGGAAGAUUUAUGGCACAAAUUACGGAUUGGCGUUUAUUGUUCUACGGUACAGCAAUUCCACCCCAACCAAAUGAUCCACCCCGUUUUGGGAAGCCCGGACAGAUGGGGCCAGAUUUAGACCACAAUUCACUGGAAUUCGAGGGUGAACGCGCCAGUGGACAGUGGAGGGAAACUCAUCAGGUCGGUGAAAGUCAUGUAGAUGUCCAGCGGACUGCAUCUGGUGAUGUUGUUGAUCAUGCCUGCCUCAGUUACACGCCAGAUAAGAAAUGCCUAGAAUGUGAGCAAGGGACAUUCCUUUACGAUGGAUUAUGCUACAAAUCCUGUCCAGAUGGGACUUAUGUGACGUCCGAUAAUGUGCCCAAGAGUCGUCAUCGGGAGGGACAUGUGUCUCUGAGAUCUUCAACCCAGGGCUUUCUAGAGCCAGAAGAUGCUGGAGAUUAUGUAACUCUGGAGCCAGAUAAGAGAGAAAUUAGUGGUUUGGGUAAAAUAUUGGAUCCCAAAGCGUGUUUUCCGUGCCAUUCCUCAUGCCUGCGAUGCAGAGGACCAUCAGAGGCUGAAUGUACAGCUUGCACUGAGAAAUAUGAUCUCAUCACGCUCAAAAUAGACAAUUUCUGUCUCAAGAAGCCCGAAAGGAGGGUCUUAGGGUUCUCCAAAGGUGUCUUCAUAAUCACUCUGAUUAUCUUCAUGCUGUUGCUCUGCUGUAUUCCAAGCCUAGUGGCUUGGUAUGUCAGGAAGAGCAAGAUAAGUUUGUCCUGCAAAAAAACUCAUUACGAAUACAAUCCUGUUGCAAUGGAAACUGAUGGCGGCCUUCACAAUUUUCCCAGUGGCUUUAAACUCUCAUCCUCCAUCAAGAGUCCCACUCUGAAUCUGUCCAGUGAUUCAGAGGAGGAGAACUAAAUGGGAGUAUGAGAGAAUUCUGUGAUGCUCAAUAGAGGCCGAUUAUUUUUCUAACAAAUGUAGUUUUUUUUAUUUCUUGAAAUUUAUAGUAAAUUUUUAACAGUUUACAGACUGAUUUGGUAUACAAAUGUAGGAAAUACAUUAAGCUGCUUUGAGAA